AUGGACAAGAAAGCUGCUUUUAAUUUACUCAUUUCCAUCGUUGCCCUCUCUUCCUUGGCAGAUGCUUUUGAUCAGUGCAAUAUCAAGAGCUUACCACAUCAAUUUCAAGUGGAUCGUCUUAGCGGAUUAUGGCAAGCUCAUUCUGAAGAUCACUCAUUUUUUAUCAACCUGUGUGGUCAUGGAAUGGGCAACACCAAUUGCCCACCAUCAUCUGCAAUAUGUAGAAAAGGCACAUUAGGGAAAGCCAUCAAUAUCGGCUCUUAUACUGAUCAACCAACAGUUCAAAUAGCUAAUGGUGGUUAUCGAUUUGGAUUUGCCUUGGUCUAUUCUAGCAAUCAAAAAUGCGAGAUGAAUGGAAAUGCAAAUAUGAAUACUAGCAUCGCUUUUACAUGUGGGAAGACGCUAGGAUCGCCUGAAUUUAUAGAAGAAAACAACUGUGUUUACUAUUUUAAUUGGAAAACUUCUGCCGCAUGCUAUUCUUUAAAUUCCCCAUCUUCGACAGAAAUACCAUGCUAUAUUUAUGAUGAUCAAAAUCGGAAGAGGGAUCUAUCAUUACUAAUGAAAGAGUUUGGUGCUUAUGCUGUUAAAAGCCAAUCUCAGAAGAAAUUAUACAUAAAUGUCUGUAGAAAUAUACAGGCUACGCAAUCAUCCUCGCUACAAAAUUGUGGUUCUCUUUCAUCCGCCUGUGUAGUGUCCAAAAAUUCACAGGAUGGUUCUACAAUUGUUGAUGGCAUUGGUCAACCUUCUGCUAAGCUAACCUUUGUAAAUCAGCAAAUCAAGCUAGUUUAUGAAAGUAAACAAAAUUACAGCCAAUGUAGUAAUAAAGCUAUUGUCACCAACGUUUCCUUCCGAUGUGGUAAAAGCAAGGACAAUAAUGGUCCAACUCUGAUACAUGAGUCGCAAUGCCGAUAUGACGUUGAAUGGAUUACUGAAUUGGCAUGUCCCAUGGAAGAUCUGAUUAGUCAUAGUUGUAUUCUAAAGACUAAUAAUGGCUACUUCAAUUUACUGUCAUUACGGAAUCAAUCAUCCGAUUACCAAGUUACGGUUGUUACUUCGAAUGCUCUGAAAUAUACAUACUUAAUCAACGUAUGCGGGCCAGUUAAAUCUACCAACUGCGGUUAUUCUGCCAAUGGCGAUUCAUCCAAACCGACUGCGGCAUGUCAAGUUGUUGCUGGGCAGCACAAUGUAACUCAUCGAUUGGGCAAUUUCAACGAUAUGGCUCUCAGUUACAUUGACGAUAAACUCAGCCUUACCUAUUACGACGGCUCACCUUGUCACGAUGGAUUUAAGCGUUCGACUGUGAUUUCAUUCAUUUGCGAUCACUCAAUUAAGAUUGGCAGUCCUCAAUUUGUACAGGAAAAUCAUUGUACAUAUUUCUUCCGAUGGGCUACCAAAUAUGCUUGUAAAGCAGACAGUAUCGAUUUGAUUAAUGAAGAUUUCACAUCUGGACUAUUCUGCUCGCUUUAUGACAAUAGCACCAAUUUCAUGUAUAACAUGAUUCCAUUACGACUAUCAAACAAUAGAUAUAAUCUAACUGUUCCUCAGCAUAAAUUUCAGUUAAAUAUUUGUGAUCAGGUUUGGGGUGGUACUUGCAACAAAUCUCAUCCAAAGUGUAAGAAUAAUUCGUUAUUGAACUUCUAUUUCAGUUUAGCACACCCAAAUCCGAGUGCUUGCGAUUCAGAAAUAAUUAUUGGUCAGACAAGUGGUCACGAUACCUUGGUUUAUGAGCAAAAUCAAAUCCGUUUAAAAUAUAAUUCUGUUCAAGAUAAUCGAAAGACAACCAUAAACUUUUUAUGUGAUAUGAAUUUCGACUCAAAUUCUGGGAAGGUAUCAUAUGUUCAAGAAACGACAAACCAUAAUUACAUUUUUAACUUUGCAACGCCUCUGGCUUGUGGUCCUAAGCCUAUUUCAUGUAUAACAUCGGAUACUAAAGGAAAUUACUACGAUUUGUCGGAUUUGUAUUUAUCAAGUGGUAAUUGGGACGCUGUUGAUGGUCGCCCAGACGAAGCCCAUUUGCAAUACAAGAUAAAUAUGUGCGGACCAGUAAAUAUUGGUAAUUUGCACUGCCCAAAUAUUUCUCAUUUAGGUGGGUGUCAGGUUGAUUCCAAGAAUAAUCGCGCCUUUAGUAUGGGAGUUAUGACUUCCAAUCCUGAAGUAGUAAAUGGAAACUUAAUUGUUCGUUACGUCAACGGUGAUAUAUGUCAUGGACGCUUUAGAAGAAGUACCAGGGUUGAAUUAAUAUGUUCAGAUACACAGGGAUCUUUGGUGUUUAUUAGAGAAACUCCUUCUUGUGAGUACAUUUUUACCUGGACUACGCCUAGUGCUUGUCCAGUCAAGAAAUUAACUGGUAACAAUUGCCAGGUAGAAGAUCCAUUAACGCAAGCUAGUUACGAUUUGCGUUCACUUGCUAGCAGCGGGAAGGAUUACAAGAUAACAAUGUCUGCGAAUAAUUUUUACUCCAUUAAUGUUUGUCGGAAAUUAGUGAAUCAAUGUGGUACUAAUACGGCUGGCGCAUGCUUAACGACAGGCCAAUCUUCCCGAUCGCUUGGGACAUUCAAUGAACAACUCAUUUUCAAUAAUGGGUACUUACAACUCAACUAUACUAACGGUGGUAGCUGUCCUAGCCAUGCCGGUAUUAAAGAUUCCACGAUACUAAAGUUUUUUUGCGAUGAAAGUAUAAAUGGUGUGGGCGUAGGCCCUCAAGUAAUAAAAGGGAAAGCAUCUUGCGUGCAUGAGUUUCAUUGGAAUACAUCAAUUGCUUGUCCAAUUGGUAAUUUGGUAGAUUGUGCUUAUGUUGACGUAGAUAAGGGGAAGCAAUAUGAUUUAAGUAGUCUAUCUAAGACCACCGGAAACUGGAUUGCAACUGUUGUUAGUCCAAUGAAGAACAAUUGGAUUUUCCAAAUCAAUGUUUGUCGAUCGGUUAAUAAUGUUAACGGCUGCAAGAAAUCUUCAGGAAUAUGUCUCACUGUUACAGCACCAAAUAAGAAUAGUACUUACAAUCUAGGCAGAAAUAAGAGGGGUCCUUAUGUUAAAGGUGGUACAUUAUAUUUAGAAUACACCGAUGGAGACGCAUGUCCUGAUGGUACAAAAAAAAGAAGUACACUAAUAACUAUGGUGUGCAAAAAAGGAAAAUUUGGACCGCCACUGUUUGUCUCCGAAGAGAAUCAAUGCAACUAUAAUUUCAUUUGGAUACAUGAAGCUGCGUGUGCGCUAUCACUUAGCGUAAGCGGAAACUGUACCGCUGUUAAUCCAUUAUCUGGAUUUGUAUUUGAUUUUAAUCCACUUUAUAGUAUUUCGAGCGGCUAUAAUGUUACUGAUGGAAGGGACCACGUUUACAAUUUAAAUGUGUGUGGAACAACCUCUGUGUCUAGUUGCGGAAACACUUCCGGCAAUUGCCAAUUGAAGAAAAAUGAUCAAAAGUUUCACUUUAACGGAGGCAAUGCUAAUGCACAAUUGUACUAUGAAGAUGGUGCAAUAUACCUUAAUUAUACUGGUGGAGAUUUGUGUCAUCAAGGAAGAUAUCGUCGUAGUACAAUAAUUUCAUUUGUGUGCUCAAGUAACGCAGGCAAGGGUCAUCCAGUUUAUGUAAGCGAAACAAAUAAUUGCACUUAUUACUUUUCUUGGCCUACUCAAUAUGCUUGCGAGCAACAAGUAGAGUGUGUUGCUAUAAAACCUGAUGGGUCUUCAGUAGAUUUAUCUCCAUUGAUUAAAUCUACAGACAACUGGGAAGCUGUAACGAUCGGAGGCCAAAAUGGCAGCUAUUACAUCAAUUUGUGUAGGCCUUUAAACCCAAUCAGUAAUGUUCGUUGUCCGCCUGGAUCUGGAAUUUGCCUUAAGAAAUUGGGUACAGAUCCACCGCUAAGUCUUGGCAGACCUUAUCAAAAGCCCACAAUUGCAUCGGAUGGAACAGUAAUACUAAAUUAUAUCAAUGGCAGUCGCUGUCCAUCAGAUUCAAGCAAGAGACUGUCAGCGAAGAUUGUAUUUUCAUGUCAACAGGGAACUCUUGGCAGUCCAGUCAUAGCUGAACUGCCUCAUAAUUGCCAAUACGUAUUUCAUUGGGCAACAUCAGUUGUUUGCAAUAAUAUUGUCAGCAACAAUAGUACCUGUUCCGUAUACGAUCCAGCUUUAAAAUUUAAUUUCACCCUUAGCCACCUCACACUUUCGGAUAAUAAUUAUGUUAUUAAGAGUGGCAGUAAUACCAUUGAGCUGAAUGUUUGCUCUCCUGUAAAUGGUCAAACCUCUAGCAGCACUUCUGGCUGUGCAAAUUCUGGUGUAUGCCUUCAUACUCCUUCGAAAAAUAUCUCAUUAGGUUUAGCGACUAGUAGGUCAUUAACGUAUAGUAAUAGCUUAUUGAUACUAAAAUACACGAAUGGAGAAGUGUGUGCAUCCGAUAACACCAGACAUUAUUCAUCAACGAUAUUUUUUGUUUGCGAUAGAAACGAGAUAAAUAGUAAGCCGGUUUUAAUGAAAUUAAUGGACAAGUGUUCCUAUCAAUUUGAUUGGAACACACACUUUGCAUGUCCAAUACUUUCUCAAAAUUGUAUGAUCAAGAGGGAUGGCAAAAUUUAUGACGUUAGCCCAUUAUCACAAAUAACUGGUAGCUGGAAAAUUACCGAUUCAUCUUUUAACCAAUACUGGAUUAAUUUAUGUCGUCCUAUCGUAAAUGGGCCUCCUGGUUGUUCCUCAAAUGCUGCAAUUUGUAAAUUAGGAUCUACCGAAACACAAGCAACUGAAUUAGCUUUCACAUCAUCGCAAAAAAUAGCACUCAGUGGUGAUAGCAAAAAAUUGUUAGUAUCUUACACAGGUGGUAAAAGCGUCUGUCCAAAAUCGAGCGUCGAUGUUGCAUCAGUAGUAAUAGAGUUUUCAUGCGGUUCUGGCAUUGGAAAGCCAAGUUUUUUGAGAUUCGAUAAAAAUAAGUGUACAUUUCACUUUACUUGGAGAUCUCAUGUUGCUUGCCCUAGUACUCGAUAUCAAGCGUCUGAAAAUAACUGUAUCAUAUCAGGAAAAAAUGCUGCUAGUCCUUCAUUUAACUUUAACGUUCUAACGAAAGUGCAGCAGAACUGGAAUGCUACAGAAAGUAGAAGUAACGGAGAUAAUUACAUUUACUUCCUUAAUGUUUGCCAUAAUCUAAAUCCUCCUCAAAAUGUUAAUCAGUGUAAGAGUGGAUCAGUUUGCCAAACAAAAACCACCGGUUUCCGACGUAAGAUUGGAGGUCCGAAUACAUCACAAAAUCGCAAGUUUUACGUUGAUGGUGAUAUUAUUGAAAUGCACUUACCAACAAACGAAAAAUGUGGCAAAGAUAAAAACAAAAAUGUUGCAACUAUCAUUUUAUUUAGCUGUGCUGUUCAAAAUUCUUUGGGUAGCCCAAAAUUUCUUUAUGAAUCGGGAGACUGUAAAUAUUACUUUGAAUGGUCUACGUCAGCUGUAUGCGAAAGCGUACCUGCUCCACAAGGAGGAAUUGAUGGUGGAAUCGUAGCUGCUAUUAUUGUUUCGAUUGCUGUGGUAGCCUUAUUUUUACUCUUCAUUUGUAGAAGGGAACGAAGACGCAAAUUAAAACAAAUGGUCUUGCGGGUUUCCCCGGAUGGUUACAAUUAUGUACCUGGAAAUGAUGGAUCUUCAGAUAGGCUACUUUCUCGUGAAACUCGAAGAUACCAAAGGGACGAUGAUGACGAUUUAUUAAAUAUUUAA